CAGCGGGCAGCGUUCCUGGAAGUUUCUCGGGUCUUGCCGUCUUGGUGGGCUACAACACACACAUCUAGAUGCCGCUAAAUUGAAACACGACCACUAUUGGGAUCGCCAGGCGAUCGUCAGCUCGCCAACAGAUAGCCAUGGCAAGCACUAAUUAUUUGCUAGGGCUGUGCGGCUGUUGGUCGUGGACGUGAUGGCUGAGUGACAGGAUAUCUCCCUCACGAAAGACUCCUACAUCAAGUCAACCCUUUUUUUUCUUUGCAUAUCAGGGGCAUCGCCUAUAGAUCACCAUGAUCGGCUCUGGGGGAUAUUUCUUGUCCCUCCUAUUCACCUUGGUGGCUGCCUCAGGCCCCAUCCCAGACAAGGAAUACGACUACAUCAUCGUGGGAGGAGGCACGUCCGGUCUUACAGUUGCCAACCGGCUUUCCGAGGACCAUAAUGUCAAUGUGAUUGUCAUUGAGGCUGGUGCUUCUGUCCUGAACAAUAGCAAUGUGACCGAUGUCGGCGGAUACGGACUCGCGUUCGGCACAGCAAUCGACUGGCAAUACGAGUCGGUCAAGCAGAUCUACGGAGGCAAUUCUUCUCAGGUCCUUCGAGCUGGGAGAGCAUUGUCUGGCACCAGUGCUAUCAAUGGAAUGGCGUAUACACGUGCGGAAGACGUCCAAAUCGAUGCCUGGCAAGCAAUUGGCAACGACGGAUGGACCUGGGAGAGUUUGUUCCCGUACUACCUGAAGGCUGAGAACUUGACCAUCCCAACCGUGUCCCAAGUCGAGCUUGGGGCCACUUACAACCGGGCUUAUCAUAGUGAAACCGGCCCAUUGGAUGUAGCUUUCACUAAGACGGUUAACAGCACCCUUCUAAGUCUUUUGAACGGAACAUUCCAGAGUUUGGGUGUUCCAUGGUCUGAGGAUGUUAAUGGAGGCAAAAUGAGAGGCCUCAACAUCUGUCCUUCCACAAUUAACUAUCAGGAAUAUGUUCGUGAAGAUGCCGCUCGGGCUUAUUAUUGGCCCUAUGCAUCUCGUGGCAACCUUCAUGUCUUGCUCAACACCUUUGUGAAUCAUAUCGAGUUGAAUAGGACGGCAUCGAAUGACAAUGUCACGGCCAGCGGGGUUCAGGUCACUUACCAGAACGGUACUGUCGGCGUAAUCAACGCCAAGAGAGAGGUUAUUCUCUCUGCCGGCUCACUCAAGAGCCCUGGCAUUCUUGAACUCUCUGGUAUCGGUAGCCGACAGGUUCUAGAGAAGUAUAAUAUCGCCGUCCAAGUCGACCUCCCUAGUGUUGGAGAGAACCUACAAGAUCAGGUGAAUACUGGCAUGUCCGGCGCGACUACGCACAAGGUUACUGGACACACAGCCCUUGUUUACGCCAAUGCGCAAGAUAUUUUUGGCAAUGAAACCGAGACCAUUUCGACACUUGUCCGUGAUAGCCUCAAAGACUACGCCAGUGAGACCGCGAAAGCCAAUGGCGGGAUUAUGAGUGCAGAUGACUUAGAAGACCUUUUCCAGGUCCAAUACGACCUUAUAUUCAAGGACCAAAUUCCCAUCGCAGAAAUCUUAUAUUUCCCCGGUGGUGGAAACAGCCUUGCGGCGCAAUACUGGGGCUUACUUCCCUUUUCACGCGGCAGUGUGCAUAUCGCAUCGUCAGAUCCAUUGCUCAAACCAAUCAUUAACCCAAACUACCUCAUGCUGGACUGGGACAAUAAGCUUCAGAUUGGGAUUGCAAAACUCAUUCGCCGAUCAUACGAGACCUAUCCCCUGCGAAACCUGGUCAAGGCAGAGUCGAGCCCUGGACUCAUCACUGUCCCUCAAAAUGCCUCUGAUGCUCAAUGGAGGGAGUGGAUCGUUAGGCAUUAUCGCUCGAACUUCCACCCGGUCGGGACUGCGGCUAUGAUGCCUCGAGAGAAAGGCGGUGUUGUCUCUGAGCAUCUUGUUGUUUAUGGGACAAGUAAUGUCAGGAUCGUCGACGCCUCUAUCCUUCCUUUCCAGGUUGACGGUCACUUAGUGAGCACCUUAUAUGCAGUUGCCGAGCGUGCUGCCGACUUUAUUAAGCAGAGUUGAAGGUGAAUCUUCGGAUAUGUUGAAUCAUUAUUCACCGAUGCUGGAUGGACUCAUAAAGAAAAAUGUACGUCAACUAGGGGGCUUAGUGUAUAUUAUUAUAAUACUAGUAUACCAUGUCCAGUCUUCAAUUGUAGCCCCC